CGAGUCUUGUCAUCUCCCUUCCCUUCUUUUGUCGCCAUUUUCCCUAUCUUGUUUCAUUAUUUCUUUUUUAAAUUUCUCCAGGGAUCUAUGAUCCUCUAUCGUUCCGUAGUGCAUUUAAUUUUACGCCCCCGCCUCGCAGUCGGAUUGGUUUAGGUGGGCGACAGGAAGUCAAGCCAGUGGUUUCCUUUAGAUCUAGGAACCCCUAGGUUCCUUUGUCUUCGGGGCCGAUUUUCAAGCUACUGAUGCGACUGGCUUUGGAGAGAUGAACAGGCAUCACGCCUUUACCAACGGCUACGCUGCCUACCCUCGCGGGCAGGGCAGCACAUUUUCCAUUUCUCCCCACCGCUUUCAACCGCGUUCACAACCUGCUCUGCGACGACGAAAACAACUUAUCCAACGGCUAUUCCUGAUUGGCGGCGUCUCUUUAUUACUCCUAGUCCUAAUUUUUCCUUCCUGGAGAGCCACAAUUCUCCCAGUAGUCUCUCUUGGACUUCUUUCUUCCACAGAAGACUUACAAAUACAAACCGUACGAUACUAUGAUCUAUCGGCUGUUCAGGGCACUGCAAAUGGAUGGGAAAAAGAAGAGCGUGUGCUCAUGUGCACACCUCUUAGGGAUGCCUCGUCCCACCUGCCGAUGUUCUUUUCGCAUCUCCGAAACCUCACCUACCCUCACCACUUGAUCGACUUGGCUUUCCUGGUCUCGGAUUCAAAAGAUAAUACGCUAGAAAUGGUAUCCAGCAUGCUUGGGGAACUUCAGGCCGAUUCUGAUCCGCACAUGCCGUUUGGUGAAAUCUCGGUUAUCCAUAAGGAUUUCGGACAGAAGGUGACGCAGGAUGUCGAAAGUAGACAUGGGUUCGCUGCGCAAGCUGGGCGGAGAAAGUUGAUGGCCCAGGCGAGAAAUUGGCUGUUGAGUGCUACGCUUCGGCCCACCCAUAGUUGGGUCUAUUGGAGAGAUGCCGAUGUAGAAACGGCACCAUUCACCAUCAUAGAAGACCUAAUGAGACAUGAUAAGGAUGUCAUUGUACCAAAUGUCUGGCGGCCACUCCCAGACUGGCUGGGCGGGGAGCAGCCCUACGAUUUGAACUCCUGGCAGGAGUCGGAAACGGCAUUGGCCCUGGCAGAGACGCUGGAUGAGGAUGCGGUUAUUGUUGAAGGGUAUGCUGAGUAUGCGACGUGGCGACCUCAUCUUGCCUACCUGCGAGACCCAUACGGCGAUCCUGAUAUGGAGAUGGAGCUUGACGGCGUUGGCGGUGUUAGUAUCCUUGCAAAGGCAAAGGUGUUCCGUGCCGGGGUCCAUUUCCCGGCGUUCAGCUUCGAAAAGCAUGCCGAGACCGAAGCAUUCGGCAAGAUGGCUAAACGCAUGGGGUUCUCCGUUGUGGGUCUCCCCCAUUAUACUAUCUGGCAUCUUUACGAACCUAGUGUCGAUGAUCUUCGGCACAUGGAGGAAAUGGAGCAAGAGCGCAAAGCUCGCGAAAAGGAAGAAAAAGAACAAGCGGAGCGGUCAGAGCGCGUCAAUACUCUGUUCCGGGACACUAAAGCAGAGUCGGAAAUCGAUAACGCCUUUGUUCGUGACGAUAUGGAAACCGAAGGAAAAGAGCAGAAAGCUUCGGAAGAUACAAAGAAGCCGGAAGCCGAAAAUGCUGAGGAAGUGAAGGCGGGUAAAUCAUCGAAAGCCCCGGAAGAGGAAGAACAGAAAGCUUCGGAGCCCCUGAAGAACAAAAACUUGAAAGAUGCCGAAGAGGUCUCUGCAGUAAAGCCGGCUAAAGAACAGGCCGGUGUUGCGCGUGAUGAGCAAGUAAAGCAGAGAGAGUAACGAUACUCAUUAUCACAGUCCUUCAUGUAUCCGGUAGCGAAAGGCGUCAGUUCAGAAUCCGUGAAACACGGAGAGCAUCAUUGCCUAUUGCGCCUCACCAGUCUCUGUGCUGGUCACAGUGUGGCUUUCUCAUUCUUUUUAAAAUAUGCCGUCAAGUGACUGGCGGCUUUUUGUAAAUGGGCUCGCGGAGUGUUUGGUUUGGGGCUUGACUUAUGCCUCUGAUGUUUGGUUGAUUUGUAGGUCUGAUAUUGGGAAGCACUUGGUUUAUUUUUCACUGUCCUCACGAUGUAUCGGUAUGAACGGCUUGCCUCAUGGUAAAACGUAUGACUUAAUUAUCAUAACUUACAUACCUAAACAAAUUAUUUUAUCUGGAGAGAG